CAGCUAGACCAGCAUCAGCUGCCGACACUGAACUGAACCAGCACCAUGAGGAACAGCUGGCUUGUAGCUCUGGCCACCGUCGCCAUUGCGAAUGCCGAUAACUUGGCUUAUUCCCCUCCGGCUUACCCAGCUCCCUGGGCUAAUGGUCAGGGCGACUGGGCCGAUGCCUACCAAAAAGCCGUCGACUUUGUGUCGCAAUUGACCUUGGCUGAAAAGGUCAACCUGACCAGCGGUGUUGGCUGGGAAGGAGGACAAUGUGUUGGUAACACCGGCGACAUACCCAGCCAAAACUUCCGCGGCUUUUGUAUGCAGGAUUCACCGCUGGGUGUCCGCUUUGCUGACUACGUUUCGGCUUUUCCCGCCGGUGUCAAUGUCGCCGCCACCUGGAGCCGCGAUCUGGCCUAUGCUCGUGGCCAGGCAAUGGGAGAGGAGCACCGUGGUAAAGGUGUAGAUAUUCAGCUCGGCCCUGUUGCCGGCCCAUUGGGCAGAAUUCCAGAAGGUGGCCGCAAUUGGGAAGGGUUCGCCCCGGAUCCUGUCUUGACAGGAAACAUGAUGGCCAGCACCAUUGAAGGUAUUCAGGAUGCCGGCGUCAUUGCUUGUGCUAAGCACUAUAUCGGUAACGAACAGGAGCACUUUCGUCAGGGCUCGCAACAAAACUAUACCGUAUCCGAUUCCAUCAGCUCCAACAUCGAUGAUGUGACCUUGCACGAGCUGUAUCUGUGGCCAUUCGCCGACGCCGUGCGUGCUGGUGUCGGUUCCUUUAUGUGCUCGUACAACCAAGUAAACAACAGCUACUCUUGCGGUAACAGCUAUCUACUCAACCACGUGCUGAAAGGCGAGCUCGAUUUCCAAGGCUUUGUCAUGACUGAUUGGGGUGCGCAACACAGCGGUGUCGGAGAUGCCUUGGCCGGCGCUGAUAUGGACAUGCCUGGUGAUGUCGCUUUCGACAGCGGCACUGCCUUCUGGGGCUCCAACUUGACCAUCGCUGUGUUGAACGGCACUGUCCCUGAGUGGCGUGUCGAUGAUAUGGCCGUCCGUAUCAUGUCUGCCUACUUCAAGGUUGGCCGCGACCGUUCUCGCGUCCCGGUCAACUUUGAUUCUUGGACCCAGGACACUUACGGCAACGAGUACUACUACGCCGGUGAAGGCUGGACCAAAAUCAAUGACCAUGUCGAUGUCCGUGGCGAUCACGCUCAGCUCAUCCGCCAAAUUGGCUCCUCCAGUGCCGUUCUUCUCAAGAAUACCAACGGUGCUCUCCCUCUGACCGGAAAAGAGAGGAAUGUCGGUGUCUUCGGAGCGGAUGCUGGAUCUAACGUCAACGGUGUCGAUGGCUGCGCUGACCGCGGUUGCGAUGACGGCACUUUGGCUAUGGGCUGGGGAAGCGGUACAGAUAACUUCCCUUACCUCGUCACUCCGGAACAGGCCAUCGAGGCUGCAGUCAUCCAGAACGGGGGACUCUUCACCGCAGUUACCAACCAGAGUGGGAUUGAUUUUGCUCAAAAAGCGGCUGCUCAAGCAGACACUUGCUUGGUUUUCGGCAACGCUGAUUCUGGAGAAGGAUACAUUAAUGUCGAUGGCAACGUUGGUGAUCGCAACAACUUGACCUUGUGGCAGAAUGCCGAGGCUAUGAUCGGCGCUGUUGCCGGCGAGUGUAACAAUACCAUUGUUGUAUUGCACACUGUUGGGCCUGUGCUUGUUGAAAGCUGGUUGCACCAUCCCAACAUUACUGCCGUCCUCUGGGCUGGCUUGCCUGGGCAAGAGAGUGGAAAUGCCUUAGUUGAUGUUCUCUAUGGCAAGGUCAAUCCUGGUGGUAAAACACCUUUCACCUGGGGCAAGCAACGCUCUGACUGGGGUGUUGAUAUUAUCUAUACCCCUAACAAUGGCGAGGGUCCUCCCCAACAAGACUUCACUGAGGGUAUCUUCAUCGACUACCGCCACUUUGACAAGGCCAACGUUACCCCUACCUGGGAAUUUGGCUACGGUCUGAGCUACACCACCUUCUCUUUCUCUGGUCUCAAUGUCCAGCCCGAACCAGCUGCUCCUUAUACCCCUGCCACUGGCAAAACUGGUGCUGCUCCCAAGUUUGGCAAAGUCCAGGGCGCUUCCGCCUACGUGUACCCCGACGACAUCAACCGCAUUGAAGCCUUCAUCUACCCGUGGAUCAACUCUACAGACCUCCACGCUUCUUCCGGCGACCCCAACUACGGCUGGCCCACGGACAAGUACGUGCCAAAGGGUGCUCAAGACCACUCUCCUCAACGGGUCCACCCAGCUGGUGGUGCUCCUGGUGGUAACCCUGGCUUGUACGACGUUGUCGCCACUGUUUCCGUGGACAUUACCAACACUGGCAGCGUUGCCGGUGACGAAGUUCCUCAAGUCUACGUGUCUCUCGGUGGCCCCAACGACGCACCCAAGGUUCUCCGUGCCUUUGACCGUCUGACCAUCCAACCAGGUCAAUCAAAGACCUGGACCACUACAUUGACCCGACGAGACGUCUCCAACUGGGACACCGUUCGUCAGAACUGGGUGGUCACCAACUACACAAAGACCGUCUACGUUGGUAACUCGUCACGGAAAUUGCCGCUCAAGGCAACCUUGAUCUUGAAAUAAUUGGAUUAUACUGAUAUUCAUCUUUUUCCUUCGAAAUUUCCUGUAUAAAUGUUGACAAUUUGAAAAGUCUUUGUUUAGCGAGAUUCCGCAGUCGCUAACACUCUUUAUUUCUUAUUUUGUCGUGUGAAAAUACUCCAAUUACUUAAUAGCCUAAUAUAAUUAGAUGCUGCAAGU